CAUUCAUAUAUUUCUCAAAACUUGUUCUAACUCUUAUAAUAAGCUCCAUAUAUAUAUAUUACUAUAUACUAAGAUUUCAUUAGCUAAGUUCACCAAAGAUUUAUAAAGCUAUGGGAAAUUGCUUAGUUCUUCAUUGUCAUGAGAACAAUAUGGUAAGAGUAAUGAAGAGUGAUGGGAAAAUUCUAGAGUACAAAGCUCCCAUUAAGGUGCACCAAGUUCUAGCACAAUUUUCAGGCUAUCAUGCAAUAUCAAAUUCACUACAACCCAUUCAUCAUCUUCACCCUAAUACCAAACUUCUCAAAGGUCAGAUAUUCUACCUUGUGCCUAUGUCGCCGUCGCCGUCGCCGUCGCUGAAGUCUAGUAGCAAGAAGAAGAAGAAGGUGAGAUUUGCUGAACAAGAAGUUGUAGUGGAAGGAAAAGGUGCAAAGGAAAAUAUUAAUACUAAUGAUGAUGAUAAUAAUAAUAAUGGUGUGGUUAGGAUCAAAAUUGUUAUAAGUAAGCAACAACUUCAUGAUAUGAUGAUGCAAAAGGGAGAGAUUAUUUCGGUUGAUGAAUUAUUAUCUUUGGUGGAUCAUGGUGAAAAUAGUAAUGGUGAAGAAUGUGAUGAUGAUAAUAAUAAUGAUGGUUCUAUAGGGUGGAAACCAUGCUUAGAAAGCAUACCCGAAUUAUGUUAAUAAUUUGGAAAGUUAUGAUCUUAUUAUAAGAAUAUAUAUAAUUUUUAUACUUUGUAGUUAGACAUUAUUCACUAGGUAAUAUUUUAUUGGGUUACUUCAAUAUUUUUUUUUUUUGAGAAAAUACCCAUGUAAUUUUUAUUAUCAUAAGUGUAUGUCUAAAUAUAAAGUAUUAAAUUUGCAUGAAU